CAAGCACUAUCAAUUCCCCAGAAGUUGUCUCUUAAGCUCUGUCGCGGAUAUUGCUCCUUCGUGUCUCUGCCCUGCUCGGAUACCAGACCCUACAGUGUACAUACUACCUUGCCGAAUUGACUAUUUCUGCGCUGCGCUGCGUCCUACUUCUUCUCCGCAUCGCAUCCGAAUACCUUCUUCAUCAUCCUCCCCCCAGCAUAAAUCACCAACCUAUAUAACCCACAAUGGCAGACACAACACCACCAUCAGACACACAAAAACACCUUUUCAUCCACCAACAACAGCAACAACCUGCUACGCCUUCAUCCUCCACCCAACAACAAGCCCCAGCGCCAGCAACAACAAAAGAUGACUCCGUCCCCGCAGGCAUGACCAAACUCCCCAACGGAGUCAUCCUCGACAAGGACGGAAAGCCAUGCCGCCUCUGCACCUCCGCCGCCUCCUGGCGCGCCCUGACCAAACAAGCCAAAUCAACCCCCACCACAACCAGCAGCACCAGCAGCACCACCAUCCCAAAAGCCCUCACCACCACCCCCGGCUACACAGACUGCCCACCGGACUCAGAAGCCCUCGGCCGCUCCACCUGGACCUUCCUGCACUCAUUGACAGCGUCGUACCCGGCGCAAGCGUCCAGCGAACAACAGUCCGAGAUGCGCCAGUUCCUGGGGAUAUUCUCGAAGUUGUAUCCGUGCUGGGUGUGUGCGGAGGACUUCCGGACGUGGAUGGCGGAGCCGAGUGGGGAGAAUCAGCCCAGGUUGGGCGGACGGAAGGAGUUCGGGGAUUGGAUGUGUAGGGCGCAUAAUGAGGUGAAUCGCAAAUUGGGGAAGAGUGAGUUUGAUUGUAGGUUUUGGGAGGAGAGGUGGAGGAAGGGGUGGGGGGAUGGGAGGUGUGAGUGAUUUUUAUUCAAUCUCGUGUUGGGGAUGGGGGAGUGUGUAUGAUUAGAUUAUAGAUAUAGACUACUGCUGCUGCUGCUACAAUUGGUUAUGGGGAUGGGAAGGGAUGAGUGGGGAGUUUACAUUGUGUACUAUACCAACUAUUGGGUGACGGAUAUCUCUACUCUGCAUCUGAUCAUGAUAUGAUAUGAUAUGAUAAUACUAUCUCACCUCUUUAUCUGUA